AGCUCAAUGAUAGGACGCGAGCAGCGCGGCACCGCCGAGUCGCCGAUGAAGAGCGUGUCCACCAUAUUUAAAGGCCAAAGGCCGGAGACAGCUGCUUAGAUGCUUUCAUCUUGUGAGUUUAGGAGAGCAGCAGGAAAAGAAGCAUUUCGUCCAUAAACGCUGGCAGUUUUGAACUAAAGCCAAACCAUAAGGAAUCGCUUACACAAUGAGGCACUCCUGAAACAACAAGGAUAUUAAACUUGGAGUACACAGCCUGACUCACUCUGUCCUGAACUCCAACACAUUGAUUCAAGCUGGUUUUGGCCUCUCAAAAAUGGUGCUGAGCUGAAGUAAGAUGGCCUCGGACAGAAUGGCGACUCCUCAGAGCAGCUCCAGGCAGAGCAGCUCCAGGCAGAGCAGCUCCAGGCAGAGCAGCUCGCUCUCUUCAUCCCCAAUGAGUACCCGCAUGCAGUCUCUCCACGUCGACUCGGUCCAGCGCUGGAUGGAGGACCUCCGCCACAUGACAGAGGUCGAGUGUAUGUGCGUCCUCCAGGCCAAACCCAUCGGGGUGGAGGAGGACGCCCAGCAGGGAGAGCUGAUCGUGGCCUCCGGGGUCGGCGGAGGGGACCACGUGGCCAGGAACAACCUGCAGACGCUGCUCCGCCGGGCGCUGGUGGUCAGCACGGAGCUUGGCAAGAUGUUCCAGCGACUGGAGAAAGGACGCUGGCAGAGGGUCCACAGCACCGCCGUGAGGGCCAACUGCCACGUGCGCUCACUGGUGCACGAGUACAGCGCCGCCCGGAGCACACCACCCGAGAUGCAGAAGUAUGAGAAAUCUCUGCUGGAAAAGUGUAUGGAGCUGACCAACAUUACAGAGAGGUGCCUUCACACCGAUGACGAGUUCUUCCUGAAGUCCAUGAGGGAGGCCAUCCACGAGAUCCUCACAGAUGUCAGCGACUCCUUCAGCAACAUGAUCGACAUGGCUUUAGCCAAUGAGAUCCGGCUCCUGAUCAAACAGAUCGACUCAUCGGACAGCGUCCACACCAUCGGCAGUGCCAUCAGCAACCUGCUGUCCCUCACCCAGGACGGACCUCAGCUCUGCAGCAUCAUUGCCAAGGAAGGAGCUGUGGUUGCCUUGUUUAAGAUCUGCAGGCAGGACCGCUUCAGAGAGCUCUACGCUCACGCUCUGAGAACAGUGGCCUCCAUCUGCUGUGUGGAGGAGGGCAUCAACCAACUGGACAAGGUGGAUGGGAUCCUGUGCCUGGCGGACAUCCUGACCGACGAGAGCAGCGUGGAAGCAGCCAGGGCCGAGGCGGCGGCGGUCGUGGCUCAGAUCACCUCCCCUCACCACACGUCCACGCAGCACCUCGCCAGCUUCCUGGAGAGCAUGCACGACAUCGUCACCGCGCUCAUCAAGUUGUGCGAGACUGCCUCCUGCGGUGAAGUUUUCCUCCUGGCGUCUGCAGCCUUGGCCAACAUCACCUUCUUCGACAGCAUGGCCUGUGAGAUUCUCCUGCAGCUCAAUGCCAUCCACAUCCUGCUGCAGGCCUGCAGAGACCGCCAGAGAGUCGACACACCUUACUCCAAAGACCAGGUGGUGACAAUCUUGGCAAACCUGUCAGUCUUAGAGCAGUGUGCUUCUGAAGUCCUGCAAGACCAAGGAAUAGAGCGACUGCUGCUGCUGCUGGGAGAAAAGCCGUCCUCCCCCAGUCCAUCAGAGGGCGCCGCCUGCGAGCGCGUUCAGCAGAAAGCUGCUGUCACUUUGGCCCGUCUGAGCAGAGACCCUGACGUGGCCCAAACAGCCAUCCAGCUAAAAGCUGUUCCUCGUCUUAUUGAACUGUGUCGCUCCCCUACUGAGAGAAAUAACAGCGACUCAGUGCUGGUCGCUUGCCUGGCUGCCUUGAGGAGGCUGGCAGCGGGGUGUCCAGACAGCAUCGAGGCGAACGACCACCAGCAGCUGAUCAAACCGCGGCUAGUCGAUUCUUUCCUGCUGUGCUCCAACAUGGAGGAGAGCUUUGUAUGACGGCCUGCACAGCGAACACAGACAGCGGAGAGAUGAACUCGUGAAGAAGAUCAUGUACAUGUACCGUUUCAUGACCCAGCGAGGACUAACGAGCAGCCAGAACAUUGCAAUCUAUUUCCUGACCUGAGCGUCAGAAGAUUUGUUUUUUGUCCAAAAUGUCAAACUGGACAUGAAGAAUUUGGGCGAACGGAGUGAAUGUCAAUCAUUGUCAGUUUGGAUGGAUGCAGGAGACUACAUCUAUAAUAUGUAAAUGUACAUAAAUGUGUUGCCUAUAGUGCAACCACAUUAAAUGCAAUGAAUGUGUACGGUGUUGUAGAAAAAAAACACGUCAUUAGUUUAUUUUAUUCCACUGGGAAUUUCAUAUCAGCAAUUCUAUAAUUAUUUUGCACGAGUAGGUGCUACUUUUUGAAAAUGAAAGUAUAACCUGUUCUGGAAUGAAACACUUUAUACGCCACCACUGUGCAAUUUAUUUGUGCAAUGUCUGAAGCUAUUGUAUCCAAAGCAUGUUGGCUUCAGAGAAACAUCCUUCAAGUGGAUAAUACAGCAAAUGCCUCAGACACAAAUGGUCAUCUGAAGCAUUUAGCGUUGGAGUACCAAGAUGUACGUCUGGGGAAAUUCUUUUAUUGUCGGUCUGUUAAAAAUAUCGCCUUUUUUUAUGUUUUCAAUCAGCAGCCACUUUAUUUGGACCAUUUACAACUAAAUUAUUACAGUUAGAUUAACUAUUACAUCUUCCCAGCUUGUUAUUUGAGUACCUUAACUGACAGGGCACUAUUCGUAUUUAAUAAUGUUUUCUUUGAGACGUGUGGCAACAUGAUCUAUUUGUCCUGGUGUACAAUAUAUUGUUUGUUAAAGCUCAUUGUCUGGCAUGUUGAGUUAUUACUUAUUUGCCAUUAAUAUCAAAUAUAUUUGCCACUGGAAAAUGAAUCUAUAAAAAUGGUGUUGAAUUUAAA